AAACGGCAAAACAGCUGCUGGGCCCUCAGCCAAACAAUCGACCUUUGGAUUUUGGAUUUGGCUUAAUUUUGCAUUUUAGCUGCCCAACGAGCUGUGCGGUCACAACAUGAAUAUGGAUCAACUGGUGCAGUUGAACAAUCAGGCUGGCGGACGGGACAAGAUCGCCCGACUCAUUCAGUAUGCCUCGCGUGCAAUGUGGGACUCGCUGGAGUCCGCCAAUUCCAGUCCCGCGCUUGUGGACAACUUCAAGACGAUUGAAUACAUCCUGAGCACAUUCCGAAAAUUACUCCGCUUUGGCAAGUGCGUUGAUGUAUUCUACGGCGCUCUGAAGACCAUUCACCAUCCGGAUCUUAACAUCCGUGUGACGCUCACCUUGAGCAAGCUGUCCCAAUCGCUGUUCCUCUUCGCCGACCACUUCCUCUGGCUGGCCAGGACGGGACUGACGGCGGUGAACGCCAAGCGCUGGUCCAACAUCGCCAAUAAGUACUGGCUCUUCUCGAUCAUCAUGAACCUGUGCCGGGACUUCUACGAGAUCCUGAGAGUACUGGACCUGCAUCGAUCCGGUUGCAAGGGCGGCAUCUCACGCUGCCGCAUCCCCACGAGCAUCAACUCGCCGGAGGACUUUAAACGCCUUGCCCUACAGUCCUACGUGCUAAUGCAGGGACACAAAGAUAUUGUUGUGGACACGGUGAAGAAUGUGUGCGACUUCUUCAUUCCGCUGACCGCUCUGGGUUACACAAGUCUCACGCCCCGGACAAUAGGACUCCUGGGGGCAAUUUCAUCGCUGGCCGGACUCUGGGCUCUGCUGGAACCGAGGGCCAAGCUAACGCCUGCAUAACACCUGAUAUUGGAAACCUUGUAGAUAAGGGCCCGUAUUUCCUUGUAUCUAUUUUAAGUGUUGUAUGUAUUGUAUUUGUAUUUGUAUUUGUGCUCGGAUUAAGCUGAAUGAUAAACGAACGAUUUUAUUAAA